AUGGAGGAUUUGCUCACGGCGAACGAGGCGCAUGCGAUCAAGAGUUUCCUGUCGAACAUAAACUACGACGGCACACUCGUCGACUCGCUCGUCGCCUCGAGCGAAUGGGCAAAUCUAGGCGAAGACGUGCCUAUCCCACACGCCCAAGGCCGCGAAGCGCUCGCAAAGGCGACGAAAGACCUGAUGUCCCUCUCCUCCGCCUCCCCAACACUGGGACAGAACAUCAACCCGAUGUUGAACAGUAAUCCCCCUCGCGCGCCGCAUCAGGACAUGUUUCGCGGCCAACCGCCAGUGAUGCCCCAGCACUCGCUCGUGAGCAGCUUCCAUACCUGGGAACAGGCGCUCAGAGGCCACCCGGAUCUCGCGCGGCCACCGGCCUAUCCGCGCGCACAGAGCACGUCGUCACAAAGUUUAUUGGGGGACGUAUCCCCGACCUCGUCCGCGUCGCCUCUGGCGAUGCCACCGGCAUCUUCCUCGUCUUCGCUCAAACGCUCGGCGGACGGCCCGGCGCCCAAUAGCCCCGCAACGGCCAAACGGCCGCGCGCGUCGAGCUCGCGAUCGAACAAUAAUGGUGGUGCCGGGAGCAGUAAAGGCGAAGGGGGGAGUGGAGGGGCUAAACCCGCGCUGCUCACGCCGUCGCAAAAGAAGGCGAAUCAUAUCCAGAGCGAGCAGAAGCGCCGCGCGAAUAUCAGACGGGGGUACGAGGCGCUCUGCAGUACUAUCCCCGCGCUCGUGGAGGCUAUCGCGGCGGAGGAUGCGGCGACGGCGGCGGCGAAGGAGGCGGGCGCGGCGCAGAGUGGGAAGAAGAGUCGACGGAGGAAGGGGAAGGAUAGGGAGGAGGAGGAUAAGGCGGAUGGGAGGGCCGGGCCGAGGAGCGAGAACGUCGUUCUUGGGAAGACUGUCGAAUAUAUCGAGAGUCUGCUGGCACGGCGCACUGUGCUCAUGGACAGGCUGCACCAUGCGCGCUCGGCGCUUCCGCCGGGACAUCCUGGGCAUAUGCCCGCGUGUGCCCCCGAACAGCCGCUGUGGGAGCGCGAGUGGACGGGCGGACAGGGUGGCGAUGAUGACGACGACGGUGGUGACGACGAGUAG